AUGGGCACUGUCUUGUCCCUGUCACCAGGCUCUCGGAAAGCCAGCCUGUACGAUGACGGCUCAGGAUCCCUUGCACAUUAUACAAGCGUCAGCAAGAGCAGCGGGCAGAAGCCAGACAAGACACUGAAACGACACUCCAUGUUCAUCCCCGCUCUUACCUGGAAGAGGCUGGUGGCCACCACCAAAAAGAAGACGUCCAGAAAGGGAACGGCUAACAGCAAUUACCAGAAGGAUGUUGCCCAUUUAAACCAUGAGAAUGUGAAAAAAUCUUUGUCCUGUGCCAAUCUCGCCACCUAUGACAGUCAACCUCUGGCACCUCUUAGCUCCAAGCAGAUAUCUUCCAUCAAGAAGGUCUCCAGCACCACCGGUGGUGGCGGUUCUCCAAAGAGGGUCAUAGUCCAAGCCUCCACUGGGGAACUACUGAAAUGCCUUGGAGAAUUCCUCUGCAGGAGAUGCUACCGACUGAAACACUUGUCCCCUACAGACCCUAUCCUAUGGCUACGUAGCGUGGACCGCUCCUUGCUUCUCCAGGGAUGGCAAGACCAGGCCUUUGUCACCCCGGCCAACGUGGUUUUUGUCUACUUGCUCUGCAGGGAUGUCAUUGAUGGGGACUCUGUGGCCACAGAGCAUGACUUGCAAGCUACUCUCUUGACCUGCCUGUAUCUAUCCUACUCUUACAUGGGCAAUGAGAUCUCCUACCCCCUCAAGCCUUUCUUGGUGGAAGCGGGCAAAGAUGCCUUCUGGGACCGGUGUCUUUGCAUCAUUGAUGCCAUGAGUGCCAAGAUGUUGAGAAUUAAUGCUGACCCGCACUAUUUCACCCAGGUGUUUGCUGACCUAAAAAACGAGGGCAAUCGUGACGAAUUCUCUCGAGUACUCGAUCGGUGA